CGUCACGCGGAAGUCAGAAAGUAAAAGUGAGCUGAGUUGCAAACACACUGACGGAUGUGAGAUUUCAAAAUGUCUGAUAUUUUAUACCAGGAAGACUCCGGCAAUGUGAUCAGUAGCACAACGUCUUGAGUCAGGUGGUGCAGAGAUGGCUGACAAAAUAGAUUUAACCGAUCCUGCCCCAGCCGGGGCUAGGAGGUGUGUCAGGCAGAGCUACCGCAGCAGUACACACUCACAAGGGCUGAUGGAUGGACUCCUGGCUCUGCGUGAAGGAGGAAUUCUGUUUGAUGUGGUGCUGCUGGUGGAAGGGAAGCCCAUUGAGGCUCACCGCAUCCUCCUGGCUGCUUCCUGUGACUACUUCAGAGGCAUGUUUGCUGGGGGUUUGCGGGAGAUGCAGCAGACUGAGAUCCCCAUUCAUGGAGUCACACACACUGCCAUGACCAAACUGUUAGACUUCAUUUACACAUCUGAGCUGGAUCUGGAUCUGGACACGGUGCAGGAGGUGCUGUGUGCUGCCACACUCCUGCAGGUCCAGGAAGUGAUUGGCUUCUGCUGUGAGUUCCUCUUCUCCUGGCUGGACAACGAUAACAUCCUGGAGAUGGAUAAGCUGGCUGACACCUAUGGGCUGGAGCAGCUCGGCAAGAAGGUGCACUCGUAUCUUCUGAAGAACAUUCAGACCUUCUCACUCACACCUGUAUACCGCCAGCUGCCAGCUGAGAAGGUGCUGUAUGUGCUGUCGAGUAAUGAGCUGGAGGUGAGCUCGGAGAAAGAGGUGUUUGAGGCAGCGCUGCACUACUACUACAGCCCUGAGCAGGUGGAGAAGGACCAAGUGUGCCUGCAGGAGCCCAUGCGCAUGAUGGAAGCUGUGCGUUUCUGUCUCAUGGAGCAAGCUGCCUUGCAACACCUCUAUGGCCGCAUGGAGCCAAGCCAGCUGCGUAAUACCAUCUCCUCUGCCCUGCGCUACCACAGCAACAAACUUUGGCAGCCAGUCAUGCAGAGCCCGCUGAGCGAACCACGCACCAACUGCCACUGCAUUCUGGGGUUUGGAGGCAUGUUCUUGUCUGGCACGCUGGCCGACAACGGCGAACGCUUCCAGUUGUUCCACCCAUCCUGGGAGGAGUGGCGCAAUCUCGGGGCAGACGGCGCACCCCGCAUGUCCAACAUGGGCAUUGCGCUGCUGAAUAAUUUUGUUUAUCUAGUGGGUGGAGACAACAACACAAAUGGGUUCAGAGCUGAGUCACGGUGCUGGAGAUACGAUCCUCGACACAACUCCUGGUGUGAUAUUGAACCUCUUCAGCAGCAGCAUGCUGACCACUGUGUGUGUGUGGUGGAUGGUUGCAUCUAUGCCAUUGGAGGUCGUGACUACAGCACAGAACUGGACUGUGUGGAGUGCUAUAAUCCCCAGACGAACACCUGGGAGUAUGUGGCUCCGCUCAAACGUGAGGUGUACGCCCAUGCUGGAGCAGUGGUUGAUGGGAAGAUCUACAUCGCGUGUGGGCGGCGAGGGAGGGCCUACUUGAAGGAGACCUACUGCUACGACCCUCGUGCCAACCAGUGGAGUGCGUGUGCUGAAGGCCCUGUAGCGCGAGCUUGGCACGGGAUGGCAGUAUAUGGAGGGCGUGCUUACGUCAUCGGUGGAAGCAAUGACGGCUGUGGCUACAGACGGGACGUUCUGAAGGUGGCGUGCUAUAACCCAACUGAAAAUUCUUGGUCUGUGGUGUGUCCUCUCCUGGCGGGGCACGGCGAACCUGGCAUGGCAGUGUUAGACGGGCGGAUCUACGUUCUGGGUGGGAGGUCGCAUGACCGAGGCCGGCGCAUGAAGUAUGUGCAUAUCUACGAUCCUGAGGAUGACUGCUGGGAAAGCGGCGUUCCUCUGGACAACCGAGUGUCAGGUCUGUCUGCCUGCGUGGCACUGAUGCCUAGAAACGCACUCCCACAGGCUCGCAGCACUACACGCAGAGCCAAAGCAUCAUGGGAGGAAGUGGACUUGGACGAUUUGGACCGCUCGAGUGAGGACAGCUGAGGAAGGUUUUAGAAUCCGUGAUCUCACAUAUAGUCUCAGUAACUGUGUGUGUGUUGGCGGGAUAAAGCUUCCUUUUACAAAGUGGAGUACGUUCUGAUGUGUACUUUGGGGCGGGUAAUAUGGCAAAUAUAUAUAUACUAUCAUAUCACAAUACUUAUAGCUACAGCGAGGUUACAGGAUAUUUGUUUGCUGACAAAAUUUUAGCCAUUUCUAAACCUCAUGUAAUCAAUAGUUUCGAUAAUAUUUUAUACGCAGCAUUAACGAAAAUGAAUGAUUUAAUACAAACAAAAAGAAAUAAUCAAUACACAGUCGUAUUUUAACCUCCAACAAUAAAGAAGGUGAAUGUUGAAGUGCAAUAUGCUCAGAAAAGCGCAUUGUGAUGAUGUCUCACAGUACCAAUGUUAAAUAGUCCUGUGCCACAGUGCUAUGGGUGUGCAAAAGUAUUGUUUUUAAAUUCGUCUGAUUCAAUAUCAAUGUUUUAGGCUAAUUUUUUUUUUUUUUCCCUUUUCAGGUGAACGAUUUUCCAAAUUAUUUUCCACUAUGUUAAACAUAGAUGGAGAAAUAAAUAAACAGGCUCUGACUAGUGUUAAAGGCAAUUAUGAACCCACCCCCAAAUGCUACUCUCCUCCUGGUUAACUUUUUGCUUCACAGUAUCUCAUAUCUCAUGCCUAUUGAAGAAGAAGAAACCUUUAUUUGUCAGAUGCACACUUCAAGCACAGUGAAAUUCAUCCUCUGCAUUUAACCCAUCUGAAGCAGUGAACACACGCACACACCCAGAGCAGUGGGCAGCCACUACAGCGCCCGGGGUGCAGUCAGGGGUUCGGUACCUUGCUCAAGGGCACCUCAGCCCAA